AUAUCUGUAAUAGCAUGAGUGGAAACAAUUCCGACAUUUACCAAACACACUUGGUAACUUUCUACAAUAGGACAAACAACCACGUCCCAGUCAACAUCAUAGUGGUGUAUGGAUGCAUAGUCCCGCUUAUAGCUUCCUUCGGUUUUUUCGCGAACUGCAUCAACGGAAUUGUGUUAAUGCGUCCUAAAAUGACUCCCUCUGCGUUCACAUACUUGGCGGCUUUAUCCUGGCUGGACUGUGCUUCGUGUGGAAUCAUCUGCGUGACGAGCCUUACGCAAACCUUGUUUUAUGAUAAUAAUUUCUGGAUUCAGUGUGAUAUCGAACUGCAGAAUCCGAUAUUUGGACUCACCACAGGUGCUGCGAAUUUGUGCUUAGUUUUUGUGACUUUGGACCGUUUAGUCUACCUGAAAAAUGGACUUCCGCAAACUGUUCCGAAAUUCUGCACUAAAGGGGUAGCAAGGGUGAUUGUAGCUUGUGUGUUAAUGGUGGCAAUCUUUCUAAAUGUGCCGUACUUUUUCAUUUUCGAGCAUAAGGAUGGAAAUUUCUACACGACUACGUUUUACCACUCAGACUUGUAUGUGAUCUACAACUGGGUGAACUUUUUCGUUGUCUCUAUAUUCCCCGUGGUCUUCCUCAUGAUUGGAAACACUAUAAUGAUUCUGGUGGUUCGGAAAUGGGCGAACUCUCCUUGUAUCCAAAAAUCGGGGAUAAGGUGCGCAGACAAAAGGAGAUAUAAAUACCAAAUGAAAUUAGUCGCGACGUUGAUUGCCAUCAUUUGCCUAUUUUACAUCGGAGACAUCCCUGCCCACUUAGUUUCAAGGAAGAGUGCCAUUGUCUUGUUAUUCGCUGGAGACCUUACGAAAAACGACUCCUCUUUGAUGGCAACGGUUCGAAUGGUGGUGGCUGUACUCAACGCAUUUCAGCUGAGUGUUAAUAUCAUUGUUUAUGCCCUAAUUAAUCCCAUUUUUCUCCUGGAACUGGUCAAUUGCAUGCGGGCUACGAUUCUAGCUGUACAACGAAUAGUGGCUACUCGACAAUGUUUGAAGUGUUUUAAGACCUCAGACCAUCAAGUCGAACUUAACUUAAACGCAUUGAAAUUGAAAACAACGAAAUGCCAGGAAAAGGAAAAGGACGCAUCUGCUAAUUCCACUUCGACUAUAUCAGACAACUUUGUGUGACAAUAAAACAUUAUGAUUGAUACUACCCCUAGUACAAAGCCUACCACUAUAUGUACAAUAAAAUUACAAAAAUCCAGCAUAGGACAAGGACAUAGAGCUAGUAGCCCACAAUAAAGCUCUGUUACCGAAGAUGAAUAAAUCCCUUAGCCAUGUAAUCCCUAGUUUAAGAUCGUCUGCGGACAAUUAGAGUAAUUGAGCAAUUUCAACAAAAUCUUCCACGGUAUCAACAGACCACUAAAAGCUUUUCCAUGCAAUAAACACUGGAGUGCUGAUAAUAGCAAUUA